AUGAACGAGACGAAAUGGAUGUCGGAGAUGAGACACACCAGGACUCACCUGCGAGUAGGGUCAGAUGGGAAGCGGAGAGUCGGGGAACUCCGCCCUUCAUCUCCGACAUGGGCUCGGGCGGUCGUGAAUCGUGGGGAUCAGUACAUGGACCCGGGGAUGGGGCUGAUGGACGACGGGAGCAACCUCUCGCGGCCCUCGAGGGUGUACCCCGACUACCUGGUCGGCGGCGGCGGCGGCGGCAUGCUCGGCCAACGGUGGUCCAGGGCCCCAGCACCGGCCCCAGCCCCACUCAGCACGGCCCAGAAUAGCCCCGACACGCGAUUUGGGGGUGUUGCCUCUCGAUGUCGGCCGAGGCUGUCGGACUCGCCGUCGCACGCCGACGAGCCCCCGAAGAAGCGGGGGAGGGGACGGGGACGCGCGGCCGGGGGGGAGCAGGACGACGAGACGAGCCUCUUCGCCAUCGUCAAGGCCGGCCGGGCCGCUCUGCAGCAAGUGGUGGACGAUUGGAUCGACUCGUACAAGCUGAAUCGGGAUGCGGCGCUGCUGCAGAUCAUGAACUUCUUCAUCCAUGCGUCCGGGUGCAAAGGGCGCAUCACGUCGGACAUGCAGUCGUCCAUGGAGCAUGCUGCCAUCAUCCGCAGGAUGACCGAGGAAUUCGAUGAGGAGAGCGGGGAGUACCCAUUGAUCAUGACCGGGCAGAUGUGGAAGAAGUUCCGCAGCAACUUCUGCGAGUUCGUGAGCCUGCUGGUGAAGCAGUGCCAGUAUUCCAUCAUCUACGACCAGUACCUGAUGGACAACAUCAUCGCCCUCCUCACCGGGCUCUCGGACUCCCAGGUCCGCGCCUUUCGCCACACGGCCACCCUCGCCGCCAUGAAGCUGAUGACGGCACUCGUGGGGGUGGCGCUGACCGUGUCGGUGAACAUGGACAACACGCAGCGGCAGUACGAGGCGGAGAGGGGAAAGUCGAGGGACAAGCGAGCCAGCGACCGUCUCGAGGGCCUCCUCGUUAAGCGCACGGAGCUCGAGGAGAACAUAGAGGAGAUCAAAAACAUGCUCACCUACAUGUUUAAGUCUGUCUUUGUCCAUCGCUACAGGGACACGCUGCCUGAGAUCCGUGCGAUCUGCAUGUCCGAGAUUGGGAUCUGGAUGAAGAAGUUCCACCAGAUCUUCCUUGAUGACUCCUAUCUCAAGUACAUCGGCUGGACACUCCACGACAAAGUCGGUGAAGUGCGACUCAAGUGUCUCCAGGCUCUACAACCACUGUAUUCAUCAGAGGAGUUAAAAUCCAAGCUGGAACUGUUCACCAACAAGUUCAAGGACCGCAUCGUCGCCAUGACCCUGGACAAGGAGUUCGAUGUUGCCGUCCAGGCUGUCAAGCUCGUCAUCAGCAUCCUCAAGCAUCACAGAGACAUCCUGACCGAUAAGGACUGCGAGCACGUGUACGAGUUGGUGUACUCGUCUCACCGUGCCGUGGCACAGGCGGCGGGCGAAUUCCUCAACGAGCGUCUCUUCAUCCCUGACGAGGAGGCAGCAGAGAACCUGCGCACCAAGCGGGGCAAGAAGCGCACCCCCAACACCCCACUCGUCCGGGACCUUGUCCAGUUCUUCAUCGAAUCUGAGCUGCAUGAGCAUGGGGCAUACUUGGUGGACUCAUUGCUGGAAUCAAACCCGAUGAUGAAGGACUGGGAGACAAUGACCGAUCUGCUCAGUGAGGAACCUGGCCCCAAGGAGGAACCUCUUGAUGACCGACAGGAAACAAGUUUGAUCGAGAUCAUGGUCUGUGCCGUGAAGCAAUCUGCGACCGGGGAGCCUCCAGUUGGGCGUGGGCCCAAUCGCAAGGUGUUGUCUGCACGAGAGGUGAAGCAGGUGCACGAUGACAAGCAGCGGCUGACGGAGCAUUUCAUGACCACCCUCCCACCACUUCUCACCAAGUAUGCUGCUGACCCAGAGAAGGUGGCCAACCUUCUCCUCAUCCCACAAUACUUUGACCUCGAGCUGUACACCACUCGUCGACUGGAGAAGGCCAGUCUCUUUUUGGCUUCAUUGGGGGAUGAAGAGUUUACAAUUAAUGGAAGUACUCCUGAAAACUUGGACCAACUGCUGACUCUGAUGCGAACGAUCGUGGAGAAGCACACCGACACAGACGUCUUGGAGACGUGUGCCAAGACCCUGGAGACGCUCUGCUCUGAGGACCAUGCGAUCUACUCGCGCUGUGACGUUGCACGCGCCAACCUUCUUGACAACAUUGUCUCCAAGUACCGUGAGGCCAUGGAUGAGUAUGCCAAUCUAAUCGCUGGGGGAGAGGAUCCAGAUGAGGAUGAGAUCUUUGCCUUGGUCUCCAGCCUGAAGAAGGUGAGCUGUUUUUAUGCCUGUCACAACCUCAGUUCUUGGGGGAUCUGGGCCUCGCUCUUUGAGGUCGUACGGGAGGCGGUGACGGACCAGCGCACCCUCCCCGACGAGGCCAUCAAGCACUGCAUCGCCUGCUGCUACUGUGGCCUCCUCUGGGACCAGAAGGCCCUCCAGGACAAGAUCAGCCAGGGUGCACCAUACCAGGAGGACCUGGACACGCUUCGUGACCGCCUUCACAUGUUUAUUGAUCUCUGCAAGGAGGUUGUCAUUGCAUCCAAGGAGCAGAUAUUCAAGGAAGAGGCAUAUGUGACAAUCUGCGACCUGCUGAUUGUGUUCUGUGACCAACUGGGGUCAAACCACGUGCUCCAGCCGCUGGUCUACACACCGGACCGUCUCCUCAUCCAACUCCUCAACAACUUCAUUCAGACAUAUGUAUUCAUUGAGGAGGAAGAUGAUGGGCAAGAUGAGCACACAAAGAUCCUCCUCGACUACUACAAUGAUUAUGGAGACAUCAUCAAGGCAACUAUUGGGAAGGCAAGGGAGAUCAACAAGGUGAAUUGUGCACGAACGAUGGCAUCGAGCCUAAUCAUGAUCUACCAGGAGAUCCACCAGAACGGCCAUAAAGUCUCCAGACAGUCGGAGGAAUUCAUCAGCCUUAAGGAACUGGCCAAGCGAUUUGCACUGAGCUUUGGCCUGGAUGCGGUGAAAAACCGAGAAGCGAUAACGGCUAUGCAUCGUGAGGGAAUCCUGUUUGCCGUGAGCAGCGGCGACGAGAACCCGGCAAUGCCAGCCGACCCAUCAUCGCCCCCUAACAACAUCUCCUUCCUCGAGAUCCUAACUGAAUUUACCAACAAACUCCUGAAGCAGGACAAGCGUGUUGUUCUUCUGUACCUGGACAAGCGCAUCACAGUGCCUGUGCCAUCUAGUCGGGGCGAGGACUGGCAGGCGCUGGUGACGUAUCGCAACAGCCUGAUGCAGGGGGAGACUGAUGCCCCUGCUGUGACCCAUCGCAAGGCCUACACCCGACGCAAGAGAGGCCAGCGUGAAGAAGAAGAAAUUGAGGAUGAGGAAGGAUCAGAGCUGGACUUCCAUCAAGAUGUGCCAACGCCCACCCCUCGAUUUAAGCGGGGCCGUGACUUUGCGUCCCCGUCUCACUCCGCCUUCCCGGCUGCACCGACAGACCUGAGUGUCCACCACGAAGCGAAGCGUCCUCGCCGUUCUGGUGUCUACGGUGGUAACUAUUUUGAGUCUGAAUUUGAUGUGGAAUAAAUGUUCCAGGAGCCCUCAAGACAAUGUUGAGAAGAACAUUUGAGUGAUUUUUGGCUCCUAUUAAUUCUGUGCACUCUUUAAAAUGUGACAAUUUUUCUAGCUACAUUUUCUUUGUAUUCUCAUGAUCAGAUUUGAUUAGGACAUUCUGAAAAUCAAUUGG